UGGAACUCCUGGCCGGCGUUCCGUGCCGCGUGCUGCUGGCGGUCCUAACGUUCCAGAGCGGACCCGAGCGAGCCGGAGCUUCAGCUGCUGUCACUUCUGCUCAACGGCUCCGCGCCUCCACACAGCCGCGGCUCUUUGAAGCGUCCCCGCUUAGCAGACUGGCUAGAGAGCCCCCCGACCAACACAGACAGACUUGUUUACAUGUCCGCUGAAGGACGGCUGGCCGCUCCCUCCGUGUCUUAUUAUUUUUUUUGCACCGACGUCCACUCGUUAACGGCCGCCGCUUAGAGCUCCGCGCGGAGGUUGAUCGCAACCAGCAGGAUGACGGAGGAGCUCGAGCAAAUCCUGCUGCGGCUGACCCAGCCUGACAACGCUGUUAUCCAGCAGGCCACAGCCCAGCUGCAACAGGCGUUCAAGGACCCGGCUAUCAUACCAGCCCUCUGUGCUGUGAUGAGUGGCUCCCAAAACCCCGAGAUUCGCCAGUCGGCUACAGUGAUGCUGAGGUUAAGGGUGAAGAAGCACUGGAACAAGAUCAACCCUAACGACAGAGAGAGCCUCAAAGCAGUGGUGCUGCAAGCCUUCACCAUGGAAACAGAGCACAAGGUGCAGCACUCUCUCUCCCAGCUGUGCGCGGUGAUGGUCAAACACGAAACACCGGACCGCUGGCCCGCUCUGCUGCAGCUCCUCAACCAGUCCACCAAGAGCACAAACCCUCACGACCGACAGAUUGGCCUCCUGCUGCUGAACAAGGUCAUGGAGUCCAAUCCUGAGCCCUUCAAGCCUUACUACUGCCAGCUGCUGCAGCUGUUCAGCGCCGUGCUGCAGGACUACAACAACCCCACCGCUCUGUACUACUGCAUCCUCACGCUGACCGCCAUAACGGCCUACACCGGCACCGAAGAGAUGAAGCAAAUGCGCGCCAUCAUUCCGAGCCUGAUCGCUGCUCUGAAACACCUCAUCAAGGCAGAUCAGGUCCAAGCCAGUGAAGCCUUGGAGGUGUUAAUUGAGCUCAUGGAGAUCGAAGUGUCCAUCAUUGUGCCCCACAUUACAGACAUCGUCCGCUUCUGCCUGGAAGUGGGCAGUGACACAGCACUGAGUGACUCUCUGCGAGUUAAAGCGCUCUCCUGCAUCACCUUCCUCAUCAAGCUGAAAAGUAACACGGUGCUGAAGCAGAAGCUGCUGGGUCCCAUCCUGCAGAGCAUCUUUCCCAUUCUGACGGCGGUGCCCUCACCUGGCGAGCAGGACCCCGAGGAUGAAGAGGAUGAUGGCGGGGACCCCACCGACAGCGAUAACCCCAAACACGGCGCCGCUCAGAUGAUCGACACCAUGGCGCUCCACAUGCCUCCAGAGAAACUGUUCCAUCACCUUCUCCCCCUCACCCAGGCCUGCCUCACCAGUGAGAACCCGUACCAAAAGAAGGGCGGCCUCAUGUGUCUUGCUGUGCUGGCUGAGGGAUGUGCAGACUACAUUCGAUCCAAGAUGCUGUCGUCGGUGCUGCAGACUGUCUGCCAGAGUCUGACGGACAGCGACAGGGUGGUGCGCAGCGCCGCCCUCUUUGCUCUGGGGCAAUUCUCAGAACAUCUACAGCCUGAAGUCAGCAAGUACUGCGCUGAGUUGAUGCCUUUGCUGCUGGGGUACCUGUCGUCUCUGAACGAGGCCAAAAUUGGCCACGUCACCAAAGCCUUUUAUGCUCUGGAGAACUUCAUGGAGAACCUGGGUUCAGAUAUUGAGCCCUACCUUCCCACCUUGAUGGAGACCAUGCUGUCUGCCCUCAUCAACGCAGAGAGCCUGAAAAUAAAAGAACUGGCCAUGUCUGCCAUUGGUGCUAUAGCUAAUGCAGCCAAGGAGAUGCUGGUUCCCUAUUUCCCUCCAGUGAUCGAAAGCCUGAAAGGUUUCCUCACCGCCACCACAGAGGAGAUGAGGCCUCUGCAAAAUCAGUCCCUCGACACUCUGGCUGUCCUGGCCCGCACCAUCGGCAAAGAUGUCUUCAGUCCCCUCGCUGCAGAAUGCAUUCAGCUCGGCCUCAACCUCACCGACGCCAUCGACGACCCUGACCUGAGACGCUGCACGUAUGGUCUGUAUUCGGCCGUGUCCACAGUCAGCCCCGAGAGCCUGACCCCCCACCUCGUUGCCAUCACAACCGUGAUGCAGCUCGCCCUGAAGUCCAGUGAAGGAGUCACGGCGCACCUCGAAGAGGACAAGACCUUCCUCCUGCUCGAUGAUGACGACGACGACGAUGAUGAGAAGGACAACAGCAAAAACAAAGCAGGAAAAACCGAAGAGGACUGUUUGGAGGACGAGCCGGAGACGGACAUCCACGACGUGGCAGGGUUCAGCGUGGAAAACGCCUACAUCGAUGAGAAGGAGGACGCCUGUGACGCCUUGGGAGAGAUCGCCUUAAACACAGGCGCCGCCUUCCAGCCUUUCCUGGAGUCCAGCUUCCAGCAGGUCUUCGAGAUGAGAGACUUUCCUCAUGAGGACGUCCGCCGGGCAGCGCUGGGCGCUCUGGGUCAGUUCUGUCAAGCUCAGCACAAAGUGUGGGCUGAGAAUCACUCAGAGACCAACCACCAGGCCCUGUUGAAGCUGCUGGACGUGGUUCUCCCAUGCUUCUUUGAGACGGUGCGGACGGACCGCGAGCGUCUGGUGGUGAUGGGCGUCCUGGAAGCCAUGAACGGCGUGAUCAAGUCCUGCAAGGGGGAGGUUUUCAGAAACCCCUCCCACCUCAAGGAGAUCAGCCACCUGAUCCGUGACGUGCUGAAGAAAAAGACCGCCUGCAAGGGCAGUGGCACACAGGCAACGUAUGAAGCUGAUGAUGAAGACCAGCAGGCCGAGUACGACGCCAUGCUCCAGGAGUUUGCAGGAGAAGGGAUUCCUCUGGUGACCUCCAGUGUUCCUGCAGACAAGUUUGCUCCGUACCUUAAUGACCUGCUGCCUCUCAUCAUGAGCAAAGCUAAAUCGUCCUGCACGGUGGCUGAUCGCUCCUUCUCUGUGGGGACCAUCGGGGAAAUCCUCCACGCUCUGGUGACGGCGCCAGCAGGCCGGAGUGUGGCAGCGCGACUCUCCAAC